AUGGAGGCUUUCAAGCACAUGGGUAAUCAUCUGGUCUCAGAUUCGACUGCUACCAAUGCAGGCGAUGACGCGUCGACCGUGGAUCCCGAUGACAGCAUCCUGAGUGCUGCUCGUCGUCGGAGACACGAUGAUGAGGACGACACAUCUGACGUUCUCGAUGAUGACGACCUCGAGAGUCUGGCGAGUGUCCCCACUGGGGAGAAUUCCAAAAAACAGAAGAAGGUGGAGGAGGAGAAGGAGCUUCCUCCGCAUGCCUGCGCCUACUGUGGCAUCCAUAAUCCGAGCUGCGUCGUCAAGUGCCUGGCCUGCAGCAAAUGGUUCUGCAGUGCCCGUGGCAACACGUCUUCCUCCCACAUCGUGAACCACCUCGUCCGUGCUCGACACAAAGAAGUGCAGCUGCACCCCCAGUCCUCGCUGGGCGAUACUAUUCUGGAAUGCUACAACUGCGGCACUAAGAAUGUCUUCCUCUUGGGGUUCAUCCCGGCCAAGUCCGACACGGUCGUCGUCCUCCUGUGUCGUCAGCCUUGCGCUGCCAUGCCCUCGUCCAAAGACAUGAACUGGGAUACGUCGCGGUGGCAGCCCCUCAUCGAAGAUCGCUCGUUCUUGCCUUGGCUGGUCGCGCAGCCAUCUGACCAGGAGCAGCUUCGGGCUCGGCACCUGAGCCCUCAGAUGAUUGCAAAGUUGGAGGAGCUGUGGAAGGAAAACGCCAAUGCUACAGUUGCCGACUUGGAGAAGGCGAACACCGUCGACGACGAGCCAGCUGCUGUGUUGCUGCGCUACGACGACGCCUUUCAGUAUCAGAACAUCUUUGGCCCUCUGGUUAAAAUCGAAGCCGAUUACGACCGCAAGUUGAAGGAGUCGCAGUCCCAGGACAACCUGGUCGUCCGAUGGGAUCUUGGUCUCAACAACAAGCAUUUGGCUAGCUUUGUCCUUCCAAAGCUCGAGCUUGGCGACGUCAAACUGGCCGUCGGCGAUGAAAUGCGUCUGAAGUACACGGGAGACCUUCGUCCGAAGUGGGAAGGAGUGGGAUACGUGAUUAAGGUCCCCAACAACCAGUCCGACGAAGUCACCAUCGAAUUGCGCUCCAAAGGAGAUCACAAAUCCGUUCCCACCGAGUGCACCCAUAACUUCACUGCGGAUUACGUCUGGAAGGCGACCUCGUUCGACCGCAUGCAGCUUGCCAUGAAGACCUUUGCGGUCGAUGAGAUGAGCGUGUCUGGUUACAUUUUCCACCGUCUCUUGGGCCACGAGGUGGCGGCGGCCCCGAUGAAGACUCAGCUGCCGAAGAAGUUCAGUGUGCCUGGUCUCCCUGAACUGAACGGCAGCCAGAUCAAUGCGGUGAAGAGUGUGCUGCAGAAGCCUCUGAGUUUGAUCCAGGGUCCUCCAGGAACCGGAAAAACGGUCACGUCUGCCACCAUCAUUUACCAUCUCGCUAAAAUCAACGGCGGCCAGGUUCUCGUCUGUGCGCCUUCGAACGUCGCCGUCGACCAGCUCUGCGAACGGAUUCACCGGACUGGCCUGAAGACUGUCCGCGUGACGGCUAAGUCUCGGGAGGAUGUCGAAUCUCCGGUGCGGUUCCUCUCUCUGCACGAGCAGGUCCGCAUGAACGACAGCAAUAUCGAGCUCGUCAAGCUCAACCAGCUGAAGGCGGAGUUGGGCGAGUUGUCCAGUCAAGACGAGAAGAAAUACAAGCAGCUCGUUCGUGCGGCGGAACGCGAAAUUUUGAGCAAUGCCGAUGUUAUCUGCUGUACCUGCGUGGGUGCCGGCGACCCGCGUCUGGCCAAGUUCAGGUUCCGCACUGUUCUGAUCGACGAGUCGACCCAAUCUGCAGAGCCCGAGUGCAUGAUCCCGCUCGUCCUCGGCUGCAAGCAAGUGGUCCUCGUUGGUGACCACCAGCAGCUGGGACCGGUCAUCAUGAACAAGAAGGCCGCUAAGGCUGGUCUCAACCAGUCGCUCUUCGAGCGUCUGGUCAUUCUGGGCUGCAAUCCUAUCCGUCUGAACGUGCAGUAUCGUAUGCACCCUUGCCUGUCCGAGUUCCCGUCGAACAUGUUCUACGAAGGGUCUCUCCAGAACGGUGUCUCGAUGGCCCAGCGCCUCCGUCGUGAUGUCGACUUCCCCUGGCCCGUUGCCGACAAUCCGAUGAUGUUCUGGUGCAACAUGGGCAAUGAAGAGAUUUCCGCAUCCGGCACGUCCUACCUCAACCGAACUGAGGCGGCCAACGUCGAGAAGAUUGUGACUCGGUUCUUCAAGGCCGGUGUGCAGCCCCAGGACAUUGGUAUCAUUACUCCCUACGAAGGCCAGCGCAGCUACGUUGUGCAAUCGAUGCAGGCGAACGGAACGUUCAAGAAGGAACACUACAAGGAAAUCGAGGUUGCUUCCGUCGAUGCGUUCCAAGGGCGAGAGAAGGACUUUAUCGUGUUGUCGUGCGUGCGCUCCAACGACCACCAAGGCAUUGGUUUCCUGAGCGACCCUCGCCGUCUGAAUGUCGCUCUCACCCGAGCCAAGUACGGCUUGGUCAUCCUGGGCAACCCGAAAGUCCUGGCGAAACACCCAUUGUGGAACUGUCUUCUGCUUCACUUCAAGGAACGGAAGUGCCUUGUUGAGGGUCCGUUGAACAACCUCCAGGAGUCGAUGAUUCAGUUCCCUCGUCCCAAGCAAGCGUAUCGCGGACCGCAACGGUUCCAGAUGGCGUACAAUCACGCAUCGAACAUGGCUAACAGUAUGGCGAAUGGCGGUCGGAACGGACACCGCCAGGACUACCAUGAUUCGGGUUCAGUGGUCGGCUAUAUUCCCGACGACGUGUCAUCUGUGCACUCGUCUUCGGUUGGCGGCGUUGGCGUCCCGUCUGGAUAUCCGCCGAUGUUCCAGAACUUCUCAGAAGCCUGGCCGGCGCUUCCAGGCUCUCGUCGGACCAACGGUGCUCGAGGCAAAGGCGCGCCGAGUGUGGCCGGAGAAUCGGUGGCGGCUACUGAAUCUGAUGUGACCGGCAGCGUCGUCGACGGCAAGGGGGUUGGCCAGGGAGGUGUCAGUCUGGCUGGUCUGACCAUCCACGACGCGCCCAAGCAGCCGAGUCUGAGCCAGUCCGAUCGACUGAAACGCUAUGUCGAAUCCGGAGGUCGGGAUGGGUACAAGUCCGGCGUGCAUGAUAACAGCAGCAUUUUCGGCGGCAGCACGACGAGCCUCCGUGUGACUCGGGGUGUUCAGGAUGAUGACGCACGGAGUGUUUCGACGGCAUUUGCCAGCCAGGUUGGCGGCAACUAUGAUUGA